AUUGUUACAAAAUUUUGGUAGGCAUGGCAAUGCUGUAUAGAGCUCAAUUUGGCCUCUGCAUGCCUCUGGAGGCUCUGCAAUUGCUUCACACCAUCCAUAUGGCCCCUCCGAACACAUAUUCAGAUCAAGCAUACAUUGUCUUUAAGCCUUGCAUAGUUCCUUUUAUUUCCAUAUGUUGAAAGUGGCUAAUUUUGCUUUGAUUCGAUCAAAAUUCCUACAGUAAAGGGAAAGGUUGAUAGUGUUAACUAAUAAGGUGGAAAACUGUAGAAAGUUGAGUGAAGUUCGAUCUAGUGCUUCUCUGCACAGGCCGAUAUUUUUCUGCACAGCAGUCCUGGGGGUGCUGUGCGCCAGCACGUGCACACAGUUUGGAACAUUGGUCAUAAACAGUAUGUUGGAGAAGUAGCCAAGGCUAUGCAGCCCGAUCUCCCCUUCACCUCGCGCCGGUCAGCUGUUGUUUGUUUACAUGGCUGUGUGGCAUCAAGUCAACCCUUGGCAUCAAACAUUGGUCUGGACAUCUUGAAGAGAGGAGGGAAUGCUGCUGAUGCUGCUGUGGCUGUGGCUGCCGCCCUGGCCGUGACAGAACCCUGCAGCAGUGGGAUCGGUGGGGACAGCUUCUGUCUGUUCUACGACACAAGUACAGGCCAGGUGCGCGGCCUGAACGGCAGUGGCCGGGCUCCCAGAGCACAGACAGUGGAUCUCCUGGAGAGGUAUGGCUACAGUGAGUCUAACCCUAUUCCAUCCUUCCACGCCCUGAACGCCACCGUGCCGGGGGCCGCGGCCUGCUGGUGUGACACUGUCCGCCUGUUUGGCAGUCAGAAGCUCUCUCUCCAGGAUGUCCUGAGGCCCGCCUCCGACCUCGCCCUUUGUGGGUUCCCCGUUGCCCAGGUGACCGCGCACCACUGGGCCAAGUGGGUCCGUACCAUGAGGGCUGCUGGGAGGGAGUUGGGAAGAGACUUCCUGAUUAAGAACGAUGCGCCCAAACAUGGACAGGUGUUCUCCAACCCUCAUCUGGCCCAAACUUUCCAGGAGCUGGGCCAGCAUGGUAAAGUAGGGUUCUAUGAAGGCAGAGUGGCGAAGUUGAUUGUUGAUGUCAUCAUUCGGAACGGAGGAGUGAUGAGUCUGGAUGAUCUACGUAACCAUGACAGCGAGGAGAUCAAACCCAUCCACACUGACUACAGGGGUGUGAGGCUAUGGGAAGUCCCUCCUAAUGGUCAAGGCAUGGCAGCACUCAUGGCCCUCAAUAUACUGGAGAACUUCCCCAUUAAAGAGAUGGGUCAUAACAGUGCACAUUACCUCCAUGUGUUGGCUGAGGCGCUGAAGCUGAGCCUGGCUGAUACAGUCCAUUACUGUGCUGACCCAGAUCAUGUUAAAGUCCCUCUGGAGAGUCUACUGUCUAAAGACUACAGCCUGCAGCUCUCACACACCAUACAAAUGGACAGGGCCAGCGUCAUGGCGGAGCGUGAUGUGCCCACAGGAAGUGACACGGUGUAUUUCACGGUGGUGGACGGCCAGGGCAACGCCUGCUCAUUCAUCAACAGUAACUACAUGGGCUUCGGAACUGGUCUGGUGCCUCAGAGCUGUGGCUUCUCCCUGCAAAACCGAGGCGCUCACUUCUCUCUGGAGCGUAGUCAUGGUAACUGUGUAGGCCCGGGGAAGAGACCGUACCACACCAUCAUCCCGGCUCUGCUGACCGACCCCGCCUCUGGACGCCUACUCUGCUCCCUCGGUGUCAUGGGAGCCUUUAUGCAGCCACAGGGCCACAUACAGGUGUUGCUGAACAUGCUGGAGUUUGGGAUGAACCCCCAAGAGGCGCUAGAUGCCCCUCGCAUGUAUGUGCAGCAUGACAAGGCUGCCCAGCAGUGGCGUGUCAACUUGGAGGUGGGUGUCGACGAGGGUGUUGCUGAAGACCUGGAAAAGCGUAGCCAUGUGGUUUGCUGGCCUGUCACUGGCCAUGACCGGAGUCAGUUUGGGCGAGGCCAGGUCAUCUCAGUAGGGGAUUGGUGGAACCUGUCUACCCAGGAAGCAGAGCCUAAUGUUAGGGUGUUGUGGGCAGGAUCAGACCCCAGAGCUGAUGGUUGUGCCCAGGGGUACUAGUGACUAGGGCUGCACAAUAUCGGCCAAAAAUCUCAUUGCGAUUUUUUUAACCAAAUAUUGCAAUUGCGAUUUGGCUUGCGAUAUAGAUCAAAACAUCUGGGUGAACUUUUGGAAUCAGUGAAAUAGAAUGAUUUAUAUUAAGAAGCAAAGUAGAAAGCAGCAUUGAUCUUGUUUGGGAGAGAGACGUCAAACAGAGUAAACUAUAAAAACAGAUGUUACACGCAGCUUAGUGGCGGUUCAAAAUAUUGCAUGCAAUAUGGAUCUCUUGCAAUAUGGAUGUUGCACAUGUCAAUAUUGAGAUUUUGAUGUGAAUUUGAAUAAUCGUGCAGCUCUGCAUUCUUCGAAAAAAGGAUUCCAAAAGGGUUCUUCAACUGUCCCCAUAGGAGAACCCUUUUUGGUUCCAGGUAAAACCCUUUUUGGUUCCAGGUAGAACCAUUUUGUGUUCCAUGUAGAACCCUCUGUGGAAAGGGUUCUAUAGGAACCCAAAAUGGUUCUACUUGGAACCAAAAGGGUUCUACUUGGAACCAUCAUUCAAAGUGUUCUCCUAUGAGGACAACCGGAGAACCUUUUAGGUUCUAGAUAGAACCUUUUUUUCUGAGAGUACUAGUGACCCUCUCCCCUCCCUAGGGGGAGCUAGAGAGCUUACAGAAUCUUUACAGUAUGACUGCAUUACACUUGUCCACUAACUGACCAUGUUUACAUGCACAGCAAUAUCCCGUUAUUAUUCAGGAUACUCAAGUAUUCUGUUUUUGAGUUGACGCAUAUAAACAUCAUAUAAACAUUAUGAGAAACCCGGGUAA